AUGAUACCUCACCAACGCUUUCAACACGGCGAGAGGGUCGAACAGCUCCCUCUGCGGAAGGACAAGACCACAGGCGUGCUCUACAUUCGUGAAAAAGAUGUCCAGAGGGUCUUCUCUGGCGCCACUCUGUUCAAGGUCGACGGCAUUGUUAUUUACUACCUCGAGGACGAGAACGAAGAAGAGUAUGAGCCGAAGAGGAUCGGAUACUACCCAGACGAUGUUGUCGAGGUGGUCAUCCCCGGUUUGACCCACAUCCAUACAACUCCUUCAGUCGACCUCUCUGGAAGGACCAUGGCACAGACAGGAAGCAGAAAUUCAAGCCACCCAACUCAAUUGAUCACAAACGAUGGCAUGGAACUCUCUGUGUCGAAUCUCUCUCUACGACCUUAUUCCGUCCACACAAGCACCCUCGUUCGGUCCGCCACUUACUCCGUCGAGCGCCCCUCAAAAUCCUCCCUCUCCUCGCCCAAUACUAUUGCUCACCAAUUUGCACCCAUCGCUCGUCCUAUGGCUGCACUUUCAGCAAUCGCUUCAGACAUCACCACUAUCCAACAUCAACUCACCCACUCGACCGACCAGCAGUCAGCGCACCACCAACAGCUUUUGGAGCAGUUGAUCCAGCUUCUUAAAGAGCAGGCUGCAUCCAAGGAGAGGGAGGAGCAGAUGUUGAGGGAGCAGGCCGAGUCCAAAGUAAGGGACGAGCAACUGUUGAGGAUGCAGCAGGAGACGAUUGACCGACUCACUGUGGCCCAGCAGAAGAUCGAGGCUAUCUUGGUCCAAAACUAUGAACUCCACGAGUAUCCGAUCCCAAGGCUGUUCGUCAUUCUUCCAGACUCGUACGAGAAAUGGGACCCUCGGAACAUUAUGGCAGAGAGAUUUCGACUGUUCUUCUUGUGCGAGUGUGGCGACCAUUGCAACCCAAGCGUGGGAUCAACGACUUCAUCUGGCCAACUCACCAUCGCCGCUUCUGCCUCCUCCACACCCGUCCCUGUCAGGAGCAGUGUCCACUUGGCCAAGCAUGAGGGGUAUGAGAUUUCUCGCUCCAAAGAGUUCUUUGAUCGCUAUGGUCCCUAUGUCCUUGGCAUGCUCCGGAUGCUCAAGCAUUGUCUGGCCGUUGCAAAGGUGGCGGCCCCUGCUAUUGCGCUGGUGGAGAGUGGUGUCAAGGAUGUCAUGGACGGAGUCACGUCGAUCUCAGAGACAACGAUUAUGGCGGUAGAUAUGUCGAUCGACUUUCUGGAGCAGAAACUGGAUGAGAACGCGACAGGCGAUGGAAUCUCCAAAACAAUGGCUGGGUCGCAGGAGGAGGAGGAGGAAGACAUGUUCAGCGGUCUUACAGCACUGGAGGGUGCCGAUCUGCGGCGACUGGACUCUUUCCUGAGGAAGAAGGACGCGGACAAAAUCCUAGGAAAUUUGUACAGGAUCACCCUCGAGACAGGUCAUGUCAAAUGGGUGUGCCUUCACCAUUACCGUCAAGUGUACCGCGAGACAGCGAUGGCAUCGUUCCUGCAGUGUGUCGAAACCAACGGUGGCACGUACGAUCCCCAGUUUGGCAAAGUCACCAUCACCCUCAAAUCCAGCAUCGCCACCAAGGAUUUCUUCUCUCGACUCUCCACACAGGCACCGGCGGUCAUUGGUCUCAGGGUCAUGUUGGAUUGGUCGUUUGGGUCGGUGGAUCUGGGUAUGCUGGUGGACAAGAUUGCUCAGUCGAAUAUUCAGGAAUUGGAGCUGGGCCUUAUGGAAAUGGAUGAUCCCUCUCUGUUGGGUUCCCUUUUUCGACCUGGGAAGGGAAGGUACCACUCGCUCCUUGGGCUCUUGUCCAAUGACAGGAUCAAGCGCCUGGCCUUUAUCAACGUAGAUCUCAUCGGACCGCGGACAUCGAGCUUGCCCAAGACCCACCGCCCCACGCUCCUCCAAAGCUUCCACUAUUCGGGGUGGAUCAAUAGCUUUGACGACUCUCGCCUGGCUGAGAUCAUCUCUCUAUGUCCCGGUCUUGUCGAUGUGAAACUAGGAAAAGUCUCAGCCACAAGUCACGACAUUUCCAAAGUCGACCAAGCGCUGGGUUCGCUCUCAAAGUUGAAGAUCCUGAACCGUUACAACUUAUAUUUUGAUAGCAAUGUAGAAAUCACGAAUACCACAGCCCCAUAUGGCACGGUCGCUUUGAGGGAGCUCACGGAUAUCGGCAUGCCGUACCCCACUGGCCCUGCUGGUCUACUUGAGGCCGCAAUCCGGCGAUCGGCCGCGACAUUGGAGAUCCAACAAAUACGGUUCGGAAGCAUUGCGAAAUCACAAGGACUAGCGAACAUUCUUGCUGCUCUUCCUUUGAGACGACUGUAUUUCGACGUACCAAAGGACGACAAUAUGCUCGAGAUGGUUCUGCCAAGCUUGAACCUCUCUCAACUCCAACUUCUCAUAAUCGACUACCACAAGUUCGGUCCAGAAAUGGAGGCGGUUCUUGCUGCAAGAAGUACAGAGUUUACCGACGAGUUUGUGCUUUACUUGGAACAUGAAAAGAGGCUGAAAGCGGACGAGGCGCAGGUGCUGAACUCAAGAGAGGUGCAAGGAUCGCCGAUGAAGCUUGCCCGUCGCCGUGUUCGUGUUGUUGACUUUCUUACCACUGACCCGGAGUACUAUAGAUCUGUUACCUCUUCGUGA